AGUCUCUAAAACCCUGUUUUUGUUUGCCCUUGCCGAAGUGACUCAUCUCAGAAACCAGAAUGAGAAGUGGGAAUUGGUGAGCGAAGCAACAAUGUUUGGUGCCAGAAAUCUGCAGAGAUAUUGCUUCAAGUCCCUUUCUUCUCUACUUCAACUUCAAUCCAAAAAUGUUGUACCUUUAGGACAUACAGCAGAGCACAGCAAAAUUCUUAAAGUUGGUGUGUGUUGUUAUGUUAAGCCGUUGAAUUUUUUGAAUGGAUCAUCAUCACGGGCUAUGUCAACUUCGAAAGGAAGGAGUAUGCGCAGCAAGGUGGAAAGGAGAAUGCAGAAAGAGUCUGGUAAGACUAUGAGGGAGAUUCGGAGGGCCAAAAAGCUGAAGAAGAAACUUAUGACUGAGGAGGAGAGACUCAUUUACAAUCUCAAAAGAGCUAAAAAGAAGGUGGCAUUGCUUCUACAAAAACUCAAGAAGUAUGAGCUACCAGAGCUACCUGCUCCUCGGCAUGAUCCAGAGCUCUUUACACCUGAACAGCUUCAAGCGUAUAAAAAAAUAGGAUUCAGGAAUAAGAACUAUGUUCCAGUUGGAGUUCGUGGAGUCUUUGGAGGAGUUGUGCAAAAUAUGCAUCUCCAUUGGAAGUUUCACGAGACUGUGCAAGUUUGUUGUGACAACUUUCCUAAGGAAAAAAUAAAAGAAAUGGCUGCAAUGCUUGCAAGAUUGAGUGGUGGGAUUGUGAUAAAUGUGCAUAAUGUGAAAACAAUCAUUAUGUUCCGUGGUAGAAACUAUCGCCAACCCAAAAAUUUGAUACCUAUUAACACCCUUACAAAGAGGAAGGCUUUAUUCAAGGCCAGAUUUGAGCAAGCUCUUGAAUCUCAGAAGUUAAACAUAAAGAAAAUAGAACAGCAGCUUCGACGAAUGGGAGUAAAUUCUGAAGAUCCAGCUGCCAUGGCCAGCAUUCAGAGAGUCGCUUCCACAUUCUUUAAUGCCAUUGACAAGAAAGAGGGAAGUCCUUAUGUAUUCCGUGAAGGCAAGCAAUCAAUAAUAGAAUCUACUGAAGGUUUGGAAGAAUCAAAACCACCUGUUGAUAGUGAUCAGGAAGAGUUAGACCAAUUCAUUGCUGAGAUAGAGGAUGCAGCAGAUAAAGAAUAUGAAGCUGAAGAGGCAAAAGAAAAAGAAGAGUUUGGCAGAAUUAGAUACUGGAACAGAGAAGAAUUUGGUGGAAGAUAUAGAAGAUCAGAUGCUUCUAGAAAUGGUGAUUAUGAUGGUGAGACUAGAGGCUUAAGGUUUCGGCAGACUACACAUCCUAAACAGCGGUCUAUUGAUAGUGAUGAUGAAGAGAAUGCUCAUUCUGACAAUGAUGAGUGGCAUUCCAGUAACAACGUAGAUGCUAGUGAUCCUGACAGUGAUUCUGAUGGAUCUAAUGAAGCCAGAGGCAGGUUCAAAGAAAGUAGAAGGGGAGGAAAGAAGCUGAAGAAUAAUAUUGGUGUGGGUAGAGCUAGAGAUAAUGAAAGUUCAAAUAGACAUGCUGGAGCGAAAUAUAGGAAGAAUAUGGCCAUAGAAGAUUCUGAAUCAGAAGGUAUGUUUAGUGAUGUUGAAAAUGCAAUGUGGGAAUCUGAUGAAGAAGAGAAUGACUCAGGACAUAUGCGAAAGUUCAGUGAUAACUACAAGAGCAGCAGCAGUGAUGACGAGUACACAUAUCAAACAAAGAGAGGCAAAAUGAAUGGUGUGAGGGAUCAUGAGGGUAAGGUUGAUGACUCUGCUCAAUAUCAUAGUAGUUUUGAUACACCAAAAAGUGUGAGAAGUAAGCAAGAAGUAGUUGGCAAAAUUGAUUCUGAAUCCAUAGAUGCAUUCAGUGGUUCAGAAAACUGGCUUUGGCCUUCAGAUGCUGAGAAGUACUCCAGAGAAUCAAGAGAUAACGAUAGGAGAGAUACUAGAAAUGAUGGGGACUACCCUUCAAGUCAAAAUAGAGAUGUGGUCAAAAGUGAUACCCAUAAGAAGAGAACAGUGAAAGAAACAGAUGAGGCUUGGGAUAGUGACUAGCCCAGUAACAGCAAGAUCACAAUACAUUGUGGUUUUUUUUUUUGUCACAGUUUGAACAAAUAAUUGGUUCAAUUGAAAGCAUGAAAUGAAGCCUAAUACAUGGUGCUUCCUCUCACUAUAAUGUUACACAACUUCUUAAGUUAUUACUGGCCUACUUACUAGUCAUUGACAUGGCAUGUUCCUGGUGGAGUUUGAAGCCUCAGACAGUAACCAUAUGCAAAAGAAAGUUGUUCCUAUGACAUUUUUAUUAUAGUGAAUGAAUUGAAUUUAAUCAAUUAGAAUUGAAAGAGAAGUGUAGUUUAUUUAUUUCUAAUGUACGUACCCAUAUAACGAUUGAACAAUUUGUAUUAAGUCACACUCGUUAAUCACAUCACAAGUUAGUCUUG